UUGAGAUGUGUCGUGCGUGAAGAGUAGAGUAAAGUUUCAGUUUAGUAUUUGUUUUUCUUUUCGUGUCGCCACUUGCAUACUUUGUCUUAAAAUUUAUAAAAAACAAUAAAAGAAAAUAAAUAAAAAGUGAAAUUCAAUUUUCCAAAAAUGGUCGUCCCUAAGACUACAGCAAAAGAUGAAGUAAUUCGUCUAAUGGCUGACAAAGAUAAAGUAGAAAAGUCAAUAUCUGACUAUGGAGCUAUCUUAUCUUCAAAUGAUAAUGUUGGCAUGAAGGGUCCUCUCAUAGAUGCUGAAGGAUACCCUCGUAACGAUAUUGAUGUCUAUCAGGUGCGACAGGCGAGACAACAAAUUAUGUGUCUACAAAACGAUCACAAAAAAUUAAUGAGUGAAAUUGAAAAACUUCUUCAUCAAGUCCAUAAGGAGGCUGCUGAUGAAGAAAAUAGUGCAGGAAUUUCCAGCAAGGCUGCUGCAAUCAGUUUAGAAUCUCCAUCCAUGGAAGUUGCAGAACCAUUGAAUGUAAUUGUAAAUGUUAACUUAGUCAGCCCAGGUUCUCCUGCCGAAGAUGCAGGCCUUCGGAUUGGAGAUGCUAUUGUACAAUUCGGUUCUAUAAAUUCAAAGAAUUUCGAAAAUAAUCUUUUUCAAAUUGGGGCUUUGGUGAAUAAUAUGGAAAAUCAACGUAUUGCCCUUAAAGCUAAGCGGAAUGAACAAAUUUUGGAUUUGAUUCUUAUUCCAAAGAAAUGGAGUGGUCGUGGGUUGCUUGGAUGUAAUAUUGUCCUUCCGGAAACAAUUGAACGUUAGAAUUUAAUAGAGGAUACAGCAACAUAAAUUAUUCAACUAUCAUGGUUAAGGUUAUUCUUCUUUUUGAAGUUUUUUUUUUCAAAUUAAUAUAAUGUUUAAUAAUUGGGAAUCCAUGCGUUUCUUCACAAUAAAUUUGUAUUUCGAAUAUCUGUUCUGCAAUUAAUAAUAAAAGCAUUAAUGAACAAAA